CAGUUACAAGCCGAAGAUGCAGUCAUGGCGGAUGAUGAGAGCAUAGAAAGGAACAGCUUGUGGCAUCUUCAAGAACGUUUGAAACAAGAGAGACUGUUCGUCAACAAAGAGAAAUCUGAAAUAUCAAGUCUUAACAUAGAGAUACAAUCAACUUGCGAAAGACUUUACCAUUUGUCGUGGAUAACUCGGCAACAAUGGAAGGUGGUUCAGCGAGUGAGGGCUUCACCUGAAGAAUGCAGCCAUGUCGUAAACAGGCUGGAUUCUGCCCGCUUUGUGGAUGCAUCAAGACAUCUUGGCUACUUAGAAUCAAAAUACUGGGAAUUUUUUAAGGGACUGAGAGAGAAUCCCUCGCUUGUCGCAUCCACUUUGGCUUAUGCGGACAAAAUUAAUUUAGACACCUCUCAGCUGAUUCGGUUGUUGUUGAACUCUCUUUAUGGAAAUUGCCUUCUUCCGCAAGAUGAAAAUUAUGUGUUGAUGCUAAUGAAACACCUGAUCGAGUUGAAAAUCACAGGAGAUGAGAGCCCUGAGAAAUUCCUUCAGCAUAAAAGGAAUUCAUUUACGUCGCUGUUUGGGAUUCUAAUCGAAAGCUUGUUCUCCGCAAAGUUGUAUUUGACAGCGGCCCUUCAUGCACCUAUUAUGCAAGUUCUCUCGGAAGAUUCACUUUUACAGAAGCGCUUACCCCUCAAGUGCACUAAAUUCGUGGAAAACCUUAAAGCGAAACUCUAUUGUUUUCCUCAAAGCUUGCGAUGGUUAAUGUGUCAGUUUGCAAAUAUUCUUUCAUCCCACGGUAUGAAUGAUAAGGAAGUGAGGUCAAUGGUCUUAAAUCUGUUAUUUGAUUGCAUUGUUUGUCCGGCGAUAAUACGACCUGAGCAGUUUGGCAUCACUUCUGAUGUUCAAAUUAGUGAAGUAGCCUCACAGAACUUGCAAAAUAUAGCUUCCUGUUUGCAGUGCUUGCACUCUCUCUAUUCCUCUGAAGAUGAGAAUGCAAGAAAUUUGGACAUGUUUUCAAGGAUAGAUCCAGUCUGUGUGACUUCAUUUUUAGAUGCCAUAUUAGAGAACCAAAAAGACAUUCAAGAUUUUCCAAACCAUAAGUCCCUUUCUGGCCUUUGUCGCAAUUCAGUUCUCAUAACAGAAAAUGAGCUACAUGCCUUGACAAGCUUUCUUAGAAUGAUUGAACACAGUGAAGACUACAAAGAUAUUGUUAACCAUAAGGAGCUAGAAGAGUUACUGUAUCCUCUGCCACCCCAGCCAGAGAUAAGUCCUGUGGAGCCCAUUACAGAUCCGUUAGCACCCCCAGGUCCAGAGUAUUCAAUAGAGAGUCCAAAGACACCAAAAAAGAAACGAGCCAUCAAAGGAAAGAGGGAAGAUAAAGCUCGAAAGCAAAGCUUGGGAGAAGGUCAAGCCGCUGAGUUUGAAGGGAAGAUAAUAAAGCAGUAUAACCCAUUAUAUGUUGAAAACAAAUCAGAAGGGUUUAAGAAAGAGUUUCUCCAGCGAAUGGCACUGAUGUUGAAGGAAGGUGAAGAUGUCCUGGUGAUCUCACUUGGCUAUUCAGGGAUUGAGUGUCCUGGCCUGCUGUCUGAGGAAAAAGUUCUUGGCAUCAAAAAACCGUCCAAGAAUGAAGCAGAAACCACUAAAAGCUUCAGACCAAGGAGUAGCUCAUCUCAGUUCUCCAAGCAUAUUUUUUCAGACAAAUCUAGUGCAAAGAAAGGGAAAGAAGGCUGCAAUAAAGAGAAAAGUGAUGAGAAGGAAAUAACAACCUCACAUAAUAAUGACAAGGAGCAUUCAUCAGAGGUACCUCAGCAAAUCAUUGCUGGUUCUGGUAACCAAGACAACAAUACUGAUUUGCCUAAGUCUGACACAGGAGAGAAAACGAGGACAGAUCUUAAUGAUUUGCUUCUAGGAAACACCAAUUCCACAACACAUACUACACCAGAUGUUUUAGAAGGAAGUACAUCAAAUAUGCAAGACUCUGCCAGUGUUGAUUUGAUUGAUUUUGGAAGUGAGAGUCCAGAGCCAUUAUCCCCAGUGUCACCAGAACAUUUCACUGAAAACCCGCUAGUGGAGAAACAGUUGCCUCUUGCCUUUGAAAAUCAAGCGGCAGGUAACAGAGACAGUGCCAUCAGUAGUGGUGGUAGCACACGCAUUAGUUCCAUCAGUACAGCAAGUACACAAAGUAGUGGAGUGGAGUUCACCAAAGAGUGCAUUUUUGUAGAUAGUGGCCAUGGCGAAAUUUUAGAGGAGAAUUCUAAUGUGCAGCUCCCCUGUCUAGAACCUGUAGAUGCACCAGGCAAUGAGUUCCGAAAGCGCAGCAGUGUCAUCAGUGAUCUGGAGAGAAGAGACAGCAAGGUCAGUAAUCGAGAGAGCACAAGUAGUAGCACUCUGACUGGCUACUAUGGAGAAGGAUCCAACCGAGACAGCCAAGCAAGUUUCUUGAGCUUAGAUUCUGAGUUUCCACCUCGAAGUGGAUCAUCAAGCACAGCUGAUGACGAACGUGAGUCACCUGCACCCAGGGAGAAGAAAACCUCUCGAGCAGCCUCUUUGAAGCGGCAUUUGAGGAAUAGGAAAAAGAGCAAAGGAAAAGACUCCUUUGAUGGGCCAGAUAAUGUGGAAAAGCGGAGUGAAAAGAAAGAGAAGGGAUUCUUUGGAAAGAUAAGAACUGCUCGCUCCAAAGAGAAGACUAAGACAAGUAAUGCAAGAGUGUAUGACGAACUGGUGGAGAAAACCCUUGACCCUUUUGAUAUCACUUACAGAAUGGCACACCCAGAAAUGGAAGAGAAAACACCCAAAGACAUCGAGAAUGUGAUAAAAAAAUACACAGAUAUUGCACGUUCUACUGCAGAAGAGGAAAAGUUGGAUGCUGCAGAUGGUGAUGAUGAUGAUGACAAAGAUGAGGAAGAUGAUGACAUUGUUGAUGAAGAGGAAAAAUUUGAAAACUCCAAGAGAAAACUAAGACUGGUUCUUUGCCAAGCUGAUUUUCAAAAUCUUCCCAUGGUUCAUUCAGAAAACAGGAUACCAGAGAAAAGUGUGAGUGGAAAAUCACAGUGUCAAGAACUUUUGACUUUCCUCCAUGUACAACUUGCUGAAGCAAUAAAUCUUCAAGACAGAGCUUUGUCUGCUCAGUUGCAUGAGACAAUAAGAAGUGUGAAGGAUCUGCCACCACAAAGCUUUGCUAGACUUGUGGAAUCAUUACAGGAGGAUUAUAAAGCUCGUGCUCCAUACCUAGCAUACUUGGUCAAUGCACAUCAAGGACUAUUAGCAACUCAUUCACACCUGGAGAGAUUAGUAGAAAGAGUGGAAAGGGACAAGAUCAUUUGUCGCACGUACUUUACAACCUCUUGUGUGAAGCUAUUUCUUGAGUCAAAGGAGAAAGGAGAGAUUAGUAGAUUUACCCAUAAUUUUCAAUCCUUGCCAACACCGGAUGAAAAGUGUGCAUUGCUUGAAGAAUUCCUAGAGACAUUAGGGGAUGAGAUGGAAAAGCACCCAAUCUGGUCAGGUGUCAGUGAUGAGCAAUUUCAGGAUUCCUUGGUGGCAAUAGAACGUGCCAUUAUGAGCAGUAUCUACAUUUCUGCAUUUUACCCUUUUGGUGGAGUUGACCAGCAAAUAGAUAGUACGUUUCAUGAGCAUGUGAUCAACCUGCAGAAAGUUAUUCAUCCUAAUCACAAAGCUGUAAGAGUCCCUAAGAUGUACCGUAAGGAAGCACCCUGGGAAUCAGCUCAGAAAGAACUGCUGGCAAUUAAUGCUUACAAGACACCAACAGACAAGCUCAAGUGUGUCAAGCGAUGUUGUGUCACCAUUAUGAAUCUGUUGUGUUUAGCAAGUGAAACUAGUGUGCCUGGUGCAGAUGAAUUUGUCCCAGCCUUAGUGUAUGUGGUGAUACAUGCAAAUCCUGAGGGCCUUCUGUCUACCAUGCAAUAUGUUAAUAACUUCUAUGACAAGAGGCUCAGUGGAGAGGAAGCUUAUUAUUGGAUGCAGUUUUGUGCAGCUAUUGCCUUCAUCAAAACAUUGCGCUAUGGCUCAAGCUAAAUCCAAAUGAGGUUAACAGAUUCAUCAGAUACAAUUUAAGAGGGUAGAACCCAACUUGAUUCUGAAUGAAGUAAGCAGUUAAAAAGGCUAAAGAAAAUGAAGGAAGUUCAUGUUGUUUUAGUGAGAAAGGGCUAAUCCAAAGGUACAACAUUGAAGUGAUUUGAGAGCCAUAAAUUCUUGAGUGCAUUACACUCCUGAUACAAUUACAACAGAUGAAGUCUACCCAGAUUUAUUCCUUUAAUGAAAUGAACUGUGUGAGACUAAACUUGAUCGCAACUAUAGCUGUUUGGCUCUUUAAUUAAGACAUUUUACUACCACUGUUGCCUUAUUUGUCAUUUUUGGGACACAGACAGUUACCUUUGAAUCAAAAGAAGUUGCAAGGUGAAAGACAUUGAAGACCAAUAGCUCCAAGAGGCAAAAAUAUAUAUUUUUACGAUAUUAUUAGGGAAUAUUAUGUUGUUCUAUGACAAAGGAAGUUGAAAAUAUUACAUUGCAUUUUACAGAUGUGCCAGUCAUUACAACUUUAGAUUAGGGUAAUAUAUUUAAUUAAUUUGAUAAACAUGUUCUUGAUUAUCUGUGCACUUAUUGUGUUGCAUCAAGCAUUUAUUUUUAUCAGUAUGAAUCACAGAAAAGCAGGCAUGUUUGUAUAAUUGUUUCUCACAUUUCAAAUCAUUUAACAUGAGAAAGCCUUUAUGUUCCGUGCAAAAAAUAUGUAUUAAGUUUUUAAAUCUUGUAGGGGGUUUUAAAUUCAUGUUGUUUUUAACAGCAUAUAUACUUAAGGAAGGUAUCUUGACUUAAUGUUGGAAACUAUUUGGGAUAGUGUGUUAAAAAAAAGUGUGUUAACAUUAAUUUAAGGUAAUUAUUGUUUCAAGGUAGACAUUCAAAAUUUCAGAUUUUUCUUGCUCAUUAGUAAGAUAUAUUAACCCUUUGCACCCCAACAUCAGUAAGCAUAUUCUCUGUACUGUUUUUUAUACAUCUACUUAGGUGUUGACAAGGAGAAUUUGUUUAACAAUCAAGGGCUUUUUGGCUGGUGAUCAUUUUCUUUAUUCUUGUGAUACUAAUGUGUGAUUCAGGGAUAUUGUAAGGAGAAAUCAGAUGCUAUUCACCCCUGGGGUUUCAUGGUUAAUCACCAUGUAGAAGACAGCAUGGUGUUACCAAGCAGUUCCACUGUAGGAGUAAAAAAUUUCAUUACUUAUGUAUGCUUCAAGUAUGAGGAUACUACAGCUGUAAACUUGAAAUGGAUUUAUUUUUAUUUUUUUACUUAAAAUUGAUGAAAAUACCCAAAGUAGUGCUAGCCCACAAGAAUUUCUUCACAUGGGAGUAAGUUUAACCCUUUAACUCCCAAGAUCUGACUGUUAAUUCUCCCCACUAGCUUCUACACAUUUUGUUGUAAAUUAGUUAUGAGAACUUGGUGCUAGAUCAAGAUAGCAGAUUCCACCUGAUAAGUUUGAAUAUUCUCAUUACCUGUUUGCUGAAUAAUGUAUGGAUAUUAUUGGGAGAAGUUUCAUGUUGAUCACUAGUGGGAGUUAAAGGGUUAAGGCCUUGAGAAAAGGGGCUUGAGGGGUCUUUAAGGAAUCUGAUGUUUAUUGGAAGUU